CGCCACCUCGCGGGGACCUUGCCCGCUGCUCUGCGCCUGCGCGCCCCUCGCGCCGGCUGCCCGUGGCUCUCAGCGCCACCCCGACGUCCCGCCCCAGGCUGGGCGCGGGGAAAAGGGCGAAAAGAAGCGCGGCGGAUGCGCCACGCCCCUCUCUGAGCGAGCCUACGUCCUCCCCCAAUCAACACCACCCCUCGUCCUCCCGCGGCCUCCUAUUGGUCUGCUCUUGCCGGGAGGCGGGGAGAAGGGGGCAGGGUGUUGCGCUGACGUCCAGCCAAUCGCCGGGCCCACCGUGCGCGCCCCUGGUUGCCCCUGGAAACCUAACAAUCCGCAGCCGUGGUCCGCAGCGUUGGCCCUGCGGGAGGGAGAUGGACGACCACUCCGAUCACACUGGGGACCCCGAGAGGGAAAAUGGAGAUGCGGAGAGCCUGGCCUCGCGGCUGUCCAUAAUCAAGACUAGCUCUGGCCCCCAGUCCCCUGCCGAACCCAUGGAGCCGGAGUCGGAGCCGGACCCGGAGGCUGUAGAGGCUUCAGAGGGAGGUGGUGCUGCGGCCGAGCCGGCUGAGUCCCAGGAAGGGCCGGCGGCCACCGAGGCUGCGGGCGAGGAGGGGCCCGGAGAGCCGGAGUGGCCGGCGGAGGCCGAGUCAGGGGAGCCCGCCGAGACCGGGCCUGAGGAGCCAGCCAAGCCAGGGUCCAAAGACGGGCCCCAGGAACCACAGAAGGAGGAGGAGGCGGACGAGGACGAGGAGGACGCGGAGGAGGCAGCGGAGCCGAGGAAGAAGGAAGUCCAGUCUCAUGUCCCUCUGCAGCUGUCCUCGACCCGCAAGGAAGAGACUGCGCCAUCCCGGGAGGCUGAGCCGAAGGGACACGUGGAGGAGGAAGGGAAGGAGAGCGAGGAGACUGAGGAGAGCGAGGGGACUGAGGAGACCGAGGGGAAGCGUGUGGAAGCACGCCGGGAGAAAAGCGAGGAAGAGCUGAGAAAUGUGGACAGGGAACUCGAGUCUGACGAUUCCGAGUGGACUGAGGAGGUGCAGAAGCGGCAGGAGCAGCAGCUGCGCGCCGAGCUCUUGGAACAGUACCACUCCCUGAUGGUGGAGCGGGGUCGCUACCAGCGCUACAACAUCUACCUGCAGCACAAGAUCUUCGAGGCGCUGCGCAAGAAGAAGGGCCUGGAUGCAGCCGAGGUGCCUGACAAGGGCACGGAGCCUGAGGCGCCCGAGAAAGAGCAAGCAUACCUACACCAUCUGGUCCUGCUGGAGGAUCUGAGGAAGCAACAGGCAGACGACCUGAGCUGGUAUCACCAGGAGCUGGACCAGCUGAAGCAGCAGUGCAGAGAGAAGCUCUCCGAGGUGGAGAAGGAAUGGCUUCACUUCCAGGCACUCAAGAAGCAGGUGGUGAUGCAGGCCAUGGGCAGCUGUCGGAUGCAGGGUGGUCGCCAGGCCGCUCUGCAGGAGGUGGAGCAGAUCCAGGCGUUGGAGGAUAAGAAGGAGAAGGAGAUGAGCGCCGUGAGGCUGGAGAACGUGCAGCUGAAGCAGAGUCUGGUGCAUUUUGAAACCAGGAUGAAGGCCCAGGAGGACCUGACUGAGGGCCUGCUCCUUAUAGAUUUUGAACAGCUUAAGAUUGAGAACCAGACUUUCAAUGAGAAAGUUGAGGAGCGAAAUGAGGAGCUUUUAAAAUUACGCACCAAGUUGACCAACAAUGUGCAAAUAAUAACACACGUGAAGGAAAAGUUACACUUUGUGGAUACAGAAAAUGCUCGUAAAAAGUCAGAGCUUAUGGAGAUUGAGGCUCAGGUGGCUCUAAGGAGGGACAUCUUGACCAAGACCAAGCAAGCCCGAGACAGCCUGCGGAUCGACAACAUCAAGCUGAAUCAGAAGUGUGGGCUUCUGGGCAAGGAAUCACUCCUUCGGGACAUGGAGGAGAAGGUGGACAGGACUGAGCAGCUCAACCGGCGCUUGGAAUCCCUGAAGCAGCAUCACGCCGGGCUGACUUUGUCCUGCAGGGGUGUGAGGCAGAAGAUCAGGGAAGCCAAAGCCUUUCUGCCCUCUUGACACAAUGAUUGAAAGGGUCCACAGAACAUCUUCAGUCUCAGCAAACCUCAUCCGUCAUUAACUUUUAUUCUCCAUCUGUUGCCAUUCUUAGAAAGGCCCAUGAUAUUUGGGAUGGAAUUGUAUUUUGUAUUCUUAGUUUUUCAAGCUUCCAAAUUAGUGCUGAGCAUAAAACCGAGCACUGUUUAUAUGGGAUGAAGUAAAACAGGUACCGAGAGACAAACAUGGAUGAUUUAAUGUCCCUGACUUCUAGAAAGCUCUCAAAAGCUGUUUUAUAUCUGAACAAUUCCAUAGUUUCAGUGUCCUGAUACUGAGGAAAACUGUUCCUCCUCCAUGUGCAGAAGGGUUCAACAAAUGGGCAGGGUGUCAAAAAAAUUUCCUGUGUAUUAAGCUGAUUAUUAAAUCCCCUUUGAAUGGAUUGCACUGUGUCAUCCCGAGUCACUGUCUCAAUUCGAAGCUCACUAAUUCCCUUAGUCUAAAAUUGUUUUGCAUGUAAGUAGCACCAGCUUCUGGGUUAAUAAAAACACCAGGAACAGGAGGAAUGGUAACUAGGGAACGGGGCUUAUGUUCCUUCAUCUCUCUUUUUUCAAUGAAAGGAAGCUCAGUCUGCUUUACUAUGAAUGUUUGUUUCUGGCUCAAUGACAGUCUUCAAUUCUAAUGAAACGUUUUCUUGGAUCUACUAAAGAAAUGCAUUGAUCUGUACCAAAAAAAAAAAGAAAGAAAGAAAUUUUGUUUUCUAGUGAAAACAAAAUAGUGAUUGUAUUAUGUUUUUCCAGGUGCAAAAUAUACAGUGGUGACUGCUGACUGUCCGUAAGCCUUUUGUUUUCAACAAGAUAUUUUCAGAUCUUGGCAACACUACAGACCCUCACUAGGCAUGUGAUUUUACACUGUAUCAAAUAUUAAAAUGUCUGUCGUUCCUUGAGUUAAUGUACAACAGGCCCGAUAGGUCUAGCUCCUUAACCCAGAGUGAUUAACAUUUUCAGUUUUCUUUGAUGCUUUUGGAGCUAGAGGCCUGGUUUUAAUUCUUCUUAAUCUUAGCUUGAAUUUUCAGAUGUUCAGAUUUUGGAUUAAAAGUAUUUUCCCAUCUGUAAACUUAAGAAGGAUCAUAAGAAGGGUGAUCUAGUUUUUGGUACUACACACCUUUAAAGAACGGUCGAAACCCCACUCUGGGCAGAUGACUCAGUUGUUCCAUGAGAAUGUCACAAUAACUUUUGUCUUUGGAUGACAUGAUUUUGUUUUCUAAAUGUGUUCCCUUUGAAGCCAAUACAGGUUGAUUAAAAUUGCUUUCCUAACCUGCACAGCUUAAAUACACUUUAAAAAAAAUAAUACUGUACUUAUUAAAGCACACAAGCGAGACAGUGAGGGGAGUGAAAGCUUCGCCUCCCUGCUUCCAUUCUCCUCAUCUUCUACAAUUUCUGUCUUCACCAAGACUAAGGUCAAGCAGUAAAUAACUGGCAAAUAGAACUUCGUUCUCCCUGCACCGCAAGCUGAAAGCAGCACCGGCCCGCUAGGUUCUUUUGUGGUCGGGGAGGCUUGGCUCAAUGCAUUCACCAAGCAAGCAGCUUUCAUUAUAAGGGUGGCCAUGCCUCUGGUUCACAAGAGAGAGAACAGGUUAUUUUCAGCAGAUUUUGAACCACUGGCAAAUUACCCAGGUGGAACCCAACACUGCCUCACCAGCCUUCAGCCCGGUGACAGGCAGGUCUCUGAGAGCACAGAGAUACAAGAGAGACAGAUGGGGUUGGUGUUGCUUUAAGCGGCCAAGUUACUAAUGUUCUCUCAAGUUAUAUUACCUCAUGCUGGAGAUGUUCCAAUUAGAAGAUGAAUACUCUGUUGACUACUUCAUAACGAGGUUCUUUCUAAUUAGAUUAUAGGAGAGCUCCCGAUCCUGAAAUAGCAACACAUUCACAAACCGUUUAAGAUUGCCCUCGAGGAAGAAUGCCUCGGGCCCUAAAGCAUCCUCUCCCCAGUUUUACUGACCUCCCUCUGUCCGCACAGCGGCCUGCGUUUAGCCCCAGCCCAGCCUUUGACCCACUGCUUUAUGACUGUCCACUGAGUUCUCUGGGCCCCAUGAGACAAAGGCCCUGCGAGGCCUGUUGAUUUAUCAUCCUCCCUAGUGGCCAGCACAGGGCUGAGCACAUAACCGGUGUUCAAUAAACUUGUUAGAUUAAUACAUUAAUAUAAUGCCAGUCUCGUUUUCUGAAGAUAAGUGUUACUUGAAUGCUUAUGAUAUGUCGGGCACCAAGUCCUAUGUCGGAUUCAAAACUAACUACAGGUAGAAAGAGGCUCUCUCAAGAAGCAGAACCAGUGAGGGAGACGACGGGAAGGCAGGCUCACAGCCACGGAACGACGAUGUUGCAGACAGAGCCGGCCACUCCACCAGGGACCCAUCCUCCCCGAGGGGAAGGUUGAGGAGUAAUGCGGAGUCUGGACUAGAAACCCCUAAAACUACCAUUAUUUUUAUGACCACUAAAACCAAGGGCUAAAGACUUUUUCAUCUCCUUGUCAAAAAGUACAAGGCCUGAAAAAUGCAGGCACAAUAA